AUGGUAGAUCAUUGGGCUCUGUAAUCAUUAUCGCACGAUUUUUCCUGUCACUGCUACGCUGAUGACAUAAUACACUUCCCACUGUAUUUUUGGGUUAGUUUAGGUCAGGGAAGUAGGCGUGUGGUCUACUGGGCAGCUGGUAGGCUUUGAAUUCCUGUUUUACCUGUUGGGUUAGCUGCUGCCCAUGACCCAGUUGCAUAGUGGUUUUGGGCUUUGUGGUAUAGUGCAAUGCCCAUUCUGCCCAGGUAGUGGCACUAUGCCACCAGAGUUAUGUACCAGAGUGGAGGUAGAACGAUACACGGGAGUAGAUUAAAAAGCAUGCUAUGAAUCUUCUCCGUCUCUCACUGCUUUACACUUGAUACUAUCCACUUACAUACACAAAGCUUGUUUUUCUGUUUUAUGUUCACCAAUGCCCCAGUUAGCCCCUUGUUACCAUCAUCUGUUGUUUCCAGUCCUAUCUUAUUGGCAAACACUUUGCUCAUCUAUCAUCCAUAACCCGGCCAGCUAACAUCCGUUUCCUCCCCCAGUACCCCUAGACAGUGGGGUUGUAACAAUGUCUUUAUUGUGUUGUUCAUUUGGAACAUGUCUGCAUUUUGAUCAUUAUUUUGAUUGAUGGAGAGUUUCACUCUAUCAAUAAAUAUGUAUUGGCUAUAUUGUGAGCAGAAUAAUUUACCCUAAUUUGCUUUAUAGGUAUCCAUGAAGAUUGCAGAUUACAUUUUAAGGGUGACCCUGUUCCUAUUAAAGUUCCUAAUUUGCCACAGAGGACAGUGGCAUGUGACAAUUGAUUCUCCAUCAUACCAGACAAUCUUUGGAAACAAGGUGUGGGCAACGCCACACCUGGGUGAAACAGUACAAAGGUGGAAACAAAAACCAGGUGUUUCAUUUCAUUACAAAUGCCAUCUAAUACCGGUCAUCUUGUUGAUCGUCUCGUUGGGUUGAUAACAAGCGGCUGUCAUAAAGGCUAUCUUUUACAGUCAGCUCAUUUACAUUUUACUGCUUCAGGUUUUCCUUUCUUGAUGGGUACCCUCCACGGGUUCGUUGGCCUUUUUUCUGGCCUUCAGAUCGUCACACUUGCAAUGGGCUUUAGUAGUGGGGGAUUUGUUCAGUCUUGCACUUCCCUGUUGCCUGACCAUUCAUUCAAUGGUGUAGAUUUUCCCCCACAGAACAGCGAUAUACCUUUUGAGGUCAAUGCCAUCGCCGGUGAGGGGGAGUCAAUUAUCGUGAGUCUAGGAAACAGAUCUUCUGCUGCUCAACCAUUUACAGGGUUCAUGGUGGAUGUCCGGAAGUCAGAAAUAGAUCCUGCCAAUGGAAGUUUUAUUGAGUUUGAUCCUAGAAGUACUGGCUUGACGUGCAAUGGCAUUCAGGAUUCUGCUGUUACUCAAAACUCAAACGUUCCGAAGACUUUUGUUCAAGUUAAAUGGCAAGCACAGGAAAAUGGAUCCUCUUCAUUCUUUUUGCGAGCCACAUUUGUUAAAGAUUUCACCACAUUUUGGAGUCCAGUGAAUGUCGCUAUACAGACACGAGAUUCAACAACACAGCCAUUAACUACAACACUAACUUCCAAGCCCAGUAUAGAACAACCAAGUACAGAGCAACAGACUAAAGAACAACCAAUAACAGAACAACCAAGUACAGAACUAUCAAGUACAGACCAACCAAUUACAGAACAACCAACUACAAAACAAACAACAACAGAACAAACAAGUACAGAACAAACAAGUACAGAACAACCAAGUACAGAACAACCAACUACAGAAAAAACAACAACAGAACAACCAACUACAGAACAAACAAGUACAGAACAACCAACUACAGAAAAAACAACAACAGAACAACCAACUACAGAACUACCAAGUACAAACCAACCAAUUACAGAACAACCAACUACAAAACAACCAAUAACAGAACAAACAAAUACAGAACAACCAAGUUCAGAACAACCAACUACAGAACAAACAAUAACAGAACAAACAAGUACAGAACAACCAACUACA